UGUCCCACAGCAGUCUGCAGCAUGCUGGUGCAGUCCUCUAUGACUGUCUGCAGAUCCUGUGCCCACCGUGGGAGGGCUGCUCCACCUCCAGACCCCAGCAGUGAGGGUGGCUGCUGCUCCCCCUGCACUGUCUGCUCCCCCUUCUGCAGCAUGAGGCCAAGGCCAGCAGGGCCUGCCUGUGGUGCAGCUGCUGCUCAGGUGCUCAGGGGUCACAUGGACUCUUGCAGGGUAAAGGAACAACUUUCCUGAUCACAAAGCAACCAUCAGAGAAACAACACCAAAUAAUAUACAACGUUCCAACCUCAUACUCGGUGAAACGGAGAGAACAAGUCAACCCUGAAAUAUCAUCUACACACAUACUUCCCAAACACGGCUACAACCAGCGCCCCCAAUGGCAUUCUAUAUGGAAAACAUUGAAGAAUUGAAGGUGGAGAACCAGACCACAGUGACCAGCUUCAUCCUGCUGGGAUUUUCCCACCUUGCCAAACUUCAGCUUUUACUCUUUGUGGUGACUCUCCUCAUGUUCUUGGUCACUAUGAUGGGGAACUUUCUCAUCGUUGCAAUCACAAUAAUUUACCCUGUCCUGCACACCCCUAUGUACUAUUUCCUCAAAAACCUGGCUUUGAUUGAAAUCUGUUACAGCCUGUGCAUUGUCCCCAGGAUGCUGGUGAAUUUGCUGGUGGGAAGAAAAGCCAUUUCUUUCUCUGCCUGUGCCCUGCAGCUGAAUGGUGUCAUACUUUUUGUCACCUCUGAAUGCUUCCUCUUAGGUGCCAUGGCCUACGACCGGCAUGUAGCCAUUUGCCACCCAUUGCACUAUGCCACCAUCAUGAGUAAGAGGUUGUGUAUUCAAAUUGUGGCAGGAUGUUGGCUUUCUGGUGUCUCAGUGGCAGUGGGAUUCACUUCUUGGUUGUUCAGUUUUCCUUUCUGUGGGUCAAAAGAAAUUAACCAUUUCUUCUGUGAUGUUUCCCCAGUGCUGAAGCUGGUAUGCGCAGAUACCUCCUUAUUUGAGCUGGUGAUUUUCAUAGACAUUGUAAUAAUUGUGAUGGUUCCUUUUUUCUUCAUCUCUGUUUCUUAUAUCCAUAUCAUCUAUGCUAUUCUCCAGAUACCAUCACCUGAGGGCCGACAUAAAGCCUUUUCCACCUGUGCAGCCCACUUGGUGGUGGUGACUCUGUUCUAUAGCACUGCUGGCAUCAUUCACCUUCGCCCCAAAUCCAACCUCUCAUCCAACAGUAAGAAGUUGGUGUCUCUCUCUUACACGGUGGUCACGCCCAUGCUGAACCCCAUUAUCUACAGCCUGAGGAACAAGGAGGUCAAGGAAAGCCUGAGAAGAUUGUUUGGCUUAGGGAUGUUUAUGGAAAGGCCGUCAAUUUUGCCUUUAGCCAGGUGAUGGUUUCCUUGAGUUUGGGAUGUAAUGUCUUACAUUUCAGUGAAAGAGCAAGUUCACUGAUUGACACAGCUGAUUCGAAGACUCAAAAAUCCUAAUUUAAGAAAGGCAUUAAUGCCAUGUCAGUUAUUCAGUCAAGUAAACCAAAAUCCAAUGUUUUGAAAGUGAAGCUGGAUACAUACAGACUGCAAAUGAGGCACAGAUUCAUAACAGUGAAGCCAAUAAUAAAGCAAAAGAACAUUUUGCCUAUGGCCCCUUGCUAACCCACUACUCGGUAUCUCUGCAUUGAGCUGGGAAGACUUUCUGAAGUUUAGCCACAAGUUGUUGCCUUAGAUGCAGAUUUCAGUGGAUGAAAUUUGGGGGGCUAUGCUGUGCAGAAGGUCAAACUAGAUGGUCAUAAUUAUGCUUCUGACCUAUUAUAAGAAUUUAUUAAUUUACCUAACUCAAAUGCAGACCCCCCCACCCCCCCAGCAAUAUAAACAUGAAGGCUGAAUUUUAAAAGGAAUCCAAAGAAGCUUAAUGUCCAAAUCCUAUUGCAGUUGAUGUAGAUACUAUGGGUGGAACCAGGAUUUCAGAAAGGACGAUGCAGAAGCAGCAACCUGUGUUCCUGGGUGGCUGACCCCAACUCCAAGCCUCCCCCACACAUCAGGGUGGGCAGACCAAACCACUGGAGUAGCAUCUGUGGACUGUUUUUAAGUCCCUCAAGUAGAUAAGAGUCUUCUCUCCCCCCUCCCUUCCCUCCAUGCUCAUCUCCCCACUUCCAUUCUACCCCUUCCCCACCUGUGGCUGCCACUAUCCACAGAUGAGCCAGGGAUGAGGGGCUACACAGCUGUUCCUGCCCCACUGCAGCCGGGCUGCACAUGGAGCUAGGCUAAGCUACAAGCAGCAGUGGCAGCAGGUGGGUUUCCUACUUCCCACCUGCCCUUGGGCUGCCAGGGAACGCCAGGGGGACAGAGUGAGGAGAAAGGGAAGGGAGGAAUGGAUUCUUACUUGCUUUGGGGACUUUGAAAAAAAACUUUAUUGCUACUACCAUAUAGCAAUAAACUCCAGCACAGCUAAUGCCAGAGUUUAUUGCUUCCAGGUGCAGCGUCCUCAUGCAUGCCUGAGACCACAGUACGUUGAGCCAGGGAGGCACAGGCCAGCUGGCAGGCAGCUCAGGGGCUCAGCCUGAAAGCCCAGGGCUGCUUCCCCUUGGUCAACAUGUUGC